AGCGCCACCACGUGUUAAAGCUACGUGUACUUAGAAGAAAACAUGGCCGCCUCGGACAAGGAAAACUCGACCAGCAAACCGGUGAAGAUUGACAAAUGGAACGGAUCUGCUGUCAAGAAUGCACUUGAUGAUGCAGUCAGAACGAUCAUGACGUCCCACUUCAAGUACACAGAAAAUCAUGGUAUGAUUGACAAGCGAUUGGCCAUGUGCACGAUAGCGUGUAUGUUUGCCUUGACGGCACUCCUCUACGAUUACCUCUACCCCUUCCCGGAAUCCAGAGUAGUCCUUGCCACGUGCGUCCUAUCGUAUUUCACCACGAUGGGCGUGCUCACUCUCUACACCUCCUUCAUUGAGCGCAACCACUUCCUGGUCGUCCAUCAGAAGGACCCAGCCGGAGUGGACCCGGACAACGUCUUCACCAUCGACUCGUACAUGAAGAGAUUUGAUGACAUGUACACGUUGGUCAUGAUGUACAAGGACAACACCACCAUGGCUGAGCGCGAGGCUUCACUCACCAAAUCGGUAGGCUGUUGGUUUGACGAAAAUGGCUUGUUAGUCAUGGACUUGUUCACUAACGACGUCAGCUCGUUACACGACGGCCUUUUGACCGAGAAGAAACAAAAUUGAACGUAUGACUCCAUGUCGUUCCCCCGGUUUUUGUGUCUCUUGCGUUAGUAUUUAGUGUAGGCUCUUCCGCAAUCUUUUUGUGCUAUUCAAAUAUUACCAGACAGAAGAUACUCUGGACGUUUUGUGACCCAGUGGGUCACAAGGCGUCCAACCGUCUUCCGAGUUAUUCACCUUUAAAGGUAAUCUUCCAUGAUUCAAAUCAAUGGGAACUCAUAACACUUUUCACCUGCGUUAUGUUCGUAUUCAUCAGGAGAGGGAACCGAGUGAUCCAUCAGAGCAAAGAGCUGAGUUUACUCAGUCUUACUCAAAUGAUAACAAAAGUACCCCCCAAAAAGGCCUCAAGACUCAUUCUGUGGGAUCUGGUCACCAGAUUGGAAAUAAAUCGCUUUAUUACAUUUCCUUAGUGUUGGCAAUGCUCACUGUGCAUGCAACUUGGGUUCAUUGCUUUAGUAGUGUAGUUUAGAUGUUCAGAAUUAUAUAACACAACCGCUUGCUGGCUACGGUGACCUAAAAUACAAAUCACAAAAGUAGGAGGGACAGGCAUUUCAAUCCGAGCAGAAUCUUUCUCAAAGGCAAAGUUUCUGCUAGGUUCGAAACGUCAGGCCCUCCCGCUUCUGUAGUUCGAAGUUCACAUCGGUGCUUGCAAUUGUAUAUCAGUAUUUUGUCCGAAUUCCAAUAAAGUAUAGGAAAGAGAAGUUCCUUUUUGUAACCUGAAACGUUUGUAUUUGGCCGUACCUCAAACCUCUGAAGUCCUAUCUUGCAAGACUUUGCCUAACUGCUCUUUUUGAGCAAUAUUUAUUUGAAUAAGUGAGGAUUUAUUCCUUGAAGUAACAUGUCAACAUCAACGCCAGGGUGUAUAGGUUUGAGGUUUGAGCAGCGAAGUGGUGAGCAUUUCAUUUUAGAAGUUUUAAGACCUUAAAAAGUUUGGGUAAUAAAAAUGGAUUACCUUCA